CUUCGGUCGAAUAGUUCAGAGUGUACAAAAUGAAACUUAAAAAUAUUGCACUUUUUAUUUGUUAAAUCGCAAUGACAAGUUUAAGUGCUGAACUGAAUAGGUUUUGUGAGUUUUCAAAAAGAACCAAGCAAAUUUUAGAUGAGACUAAGAGCUGUUUUGAUGACAUUAACGAAUCAGGAAACUCAGAACUUGGGUCACUGUUUAAAGCAGAACUAUUACGAGAAGAGGAACAAGAGAUUUUAGAUAUUGCACAAAGACCACCAGGAAUUGUGAUAUUGGGACAAAAUUCUUAUUCAAAGUUCAGGAUUGUAAAUGAAAUAUUCAACAAUGGGAUAUUCCCAGUCAUUAACUCUGCAGUGCAUGAUGACUUACCAUUUCGUAUGGUUAGAUUUAGACAUGGCGAGAGUCUCUCUUACAGCCUAGCACUGCCAGACGACUAUGAAAUUGUUGAUCACUUAGACGCAUAUAGAGACCAAUCCAAAACUGUACCACUAAAGGAUUUACAAAUUCAUUCUGCCAACAAGGCAUCAGAUUCAGCCAUUUUGGAAAUUUCUUAUAAUCAUGUUAUACUCAGACAGGGGGCUCAGAUUAUUGUUGCACCUUCCCUUGGAGAAAUCAGCAAAGUCUAUAAGACAUGUACAGAGAGUGUUUCUCCGAUUCUGGUUUAUUCUUUUUCAGAUGAUUUUUCAGACGAGGAGAUUGAGACUCUACAAAAUCUACAAGAAAUAUCCCAGUAUGAAUCUGUAUGCUUUAUACGUGUUCCUAAAUGUAAGCAAUAUUUGACGAAUGGAGAAAGCCCAAAUAACAACUCAACAAAUUUAACAACAGACAGUGAGAAGGACAAUGUAUCUAGUUCACCAUCAAGGAAGAUAGAAAAAACUUUAGAUAAAGUUAAUGGCAAUUCACGACUACAAAGUCAUUCAAAGAAUAAAAUUACCAUUCUAAAGAAUACCAAAGUUUACGAACAGCUAUGUGAUUUAGGCUACUUAAAUGAGAAUCCUACAUGUCGGAACACAAGACGAUCAUUUUUGUCUGACUAUUAUGAAACGGAGAGUGAUUUAAUUGACAAUUUUGAAAGCCAUUCUUAUCGUUUUAAUAUGUUUGUGCAGCAGACUUUACAGAGAUACUUAGUAAAUUCCUCUACAGUUUUGAAUAACUCUCAUUCACGGUGUUUAAGUAUGUUUAUUAUGUCUGCUUUUGAUAUGGCAAGAGACAUGCUAAUUACACCAAAGAAACUGAUGUUUGCUCGAGAAAAAGAAGUUGAACUGUAUAAAUCUUUGAUGAGAAUAAGUGUGGCCAAAACAAAUGAGAUCAGAGAAAUGAUUGGAUCUACAAUAGCAGAAAAUCAAAAUAUGUUGGUGCAAAAAGCUGCUGAUUAUGAAUUUCUAGGUGUUGAAUUUAAUGAAGAUGGAGCAAUCAUGACACAUAAAGGCCUUAAAAUUUGUACCUAUCAACUACAAGAGUUGGUGCUUGGUGCCUUAAAUCAGUCUAUAGCAGGAAAACUAGUCAAAUCUGUCAAUAUACUAAGGGACUCUUAUACAGGAACUUUAAGCAGAUGUUUAGAAAGUUUAGAAAGGAUAGAUAAAGACCAUGCAAAUGAAAACUCAACAAGUGAAGCUCUAAAACAGAUAGUGAAUGCUGCCUACCAAGUAGAAAUCAGUUUACAGUCAAGUUCUUCCUUUGUUAGAACAUUAUUUGAGCGUAUGAAACAGUUGGUCCAGUCUAUGCCAUGGAAUUCCCAACCAAAGAUAGAUUUAGAAUGGAAGAAGAAAUUAGCAACAGAUAUACUUAGUAACCUCAGCGAAGCAAGAUUGGCAAAGAGUAUAUCAGGCCAGAUAAAAGAGCGACUGAACAAAUCUCAUGAUGCCUUUUCCAUGGCAUUGCGCCAGUUGGAACAGAAACAUACUGGUCGUCUGGACAAGAUAGAAGAAGAAAGACUGAAACUUAGAAAGAUUCAUGCUCCAAAAGUUGCCAAAGUAGCUCUCGAAAGUACCUCAAUAAAAGAUACAAUUUUACAUGGUAUGCCACAUAUGGGAAGAGAAAUUGGCCGAGGCCAGUAUGGUGUUGUGUAUUCCUGUGACUCCUGGGCAGGAUGUCAGCCAUGUGCAAUAAAAUCUGUUGUCCCUCCUGAUGAGAAACACUGGAAUGAUUUAGCUUUAGAAUUUUAUUAUACAAAAAACAUUCCAGAGCAUGAACGAGUUGUUGCUUUACGUGGUUCUGUGAUAGAUUACACUUAUGGAGGUGGAACAAAUCCUGCUGUGUUACUGGUCAUGGACAGAUUAGUGAGAGAUUUAUAUGGUGCUAUCAAACAGGGUUUAGACUGGAUUAGCAGAUUACAAGUAGCUAUUGAUGUUGUUGAGGGCAUCCGCUAUCUCCAUGGGGAAGGUCUAAUCCAUCGAGACAUCACAGUGAAAAAUGUUUUGCUUGACAAGGCAAACAGAGCAAAAAUCACUGACUUAGGGUUUUGCAAACCAGAGGCAAUGAUGAGUGGCAGCAUUGUUGGGACUCCUAUUCAUAUGGCACCAGAAUUGUUCACUGGUCGCUAUGACAACAGUGUUGAUGUCUAUGCGUUUGGUAUAUUGUUUUGGUAUAUUUGUGCUGGACAUGUCAAAUUACCUACUGCCUUCGAGCGUUGUGAUAACAAGGAUCAUUUAUGGACUGGUGUUAAAAAGGGUUUACGUCCAGAAAGGUUAGCAGUUUUUGAUACAGAUUGCUGGGAAUUGAUGCAAGAAUGUUGGGAUGGAGAACCAUUGAAGCGUCCUUUGCUUGGAGAUGUACAGACACGGUUGGUUAAAAUCCAUGACUAUUACAAAAAAACUGCCAAUCCAGCAACAAAGGAAGUCCGACCAAAAAGUGCUGCCUCCAAAACAAAAUAUAAUAUUCGUUGAUUUUGAACAAGCCUUUCAAUACUCAUUUUAAUUGUUUAAAAGAAAUUUAAAUGAAAAUAUAAUUGAGGAAAUUAAUUUUUGCAGCUUCUUUUAUUAAAGAUUAAGAACUUAUAAAUUUUGUCAAGGUGUAUUGCUGUUUAUUAUGUACUAAGAAUAUAUUUUGAUCUUGAUGGUAAUUCCAAUUACAAUUAAUAAUGAAUAUUUUCUGGUAUAUCAUGAAAACAACUCUUUUUUAUAAUUUUCCAUUUUAUAUUUUUGUUUCAAUUAUGUCGGAUUAAAUGUUCUUUGUUUGUCAAACAUACACUCAUAAUGCAUAAGCUAUUAGUAUCUUUUUGGUGCAUAUUUGUAUACUAUUUAAAAAAAUGUGAUAAUAGAAACUGCCCUCAAUAUUGAAAAUUGAAAGUUCUACCAUACACAAAUUAUAUACAGUUCCCAAUAUUAAAAGGGAUGUAUUGUAUUUAAUAUGAAACAAUGAAAAAAGGAUAGAAAAUACAUACAUAUUUCUUACCAAUCAAAUAUAAUUGCAAAAGGCAAAUUCUGAUAUUUAAUUGAAGAAGAUGAUAAAAUGCAUAUUCUUUUCCAUCAUGGAAAGCAAUAGCAAUAUUCAAGGUUCAUUUUUACAUAAAAAGAUCAAAGGAAAAAAAAAGCUCAUACAUUGUUUCAAUUUAUAUCUGUUACAAAUAUCAUUGAUAGUAAAACUACAUUUGACCAUUUUAGAUUAUUAUCAUGAUCUUGCCUAAAGGUUUAAAGGGUCAUAAAUAAUGUUAUCUUUUUGUGUGCCUUUGAUAUAUAGUUUAUAAUAAAUAUGUGCCACCACAGUUAAUUUCUUUGUAGUUAAAAAUCAAAAGGCUUAUAUCUUUUUAACUGAAGAACAGAUUGGUCAGAAUUUUUCAAGCAAUGUUUUUUUUUACAUCAAGGAAAUCAGGUUCUUGUAAAAUCAAAUUAUUUCUGAUAAUCAAUUUUUCAAUCCUCAAAAAGGAAAGUGGGAAAAAUAACUUUUUUUUUUAAUUUCCAGAUAUUCUACCAAAUAUUUAUUAUCAGAGAUUUUAUAUCUUUGUCCUUUGAUUGUUGACUUUUUAAUUGGAAAACUCUCAUGUGACAAUGAAUUAGAUUUUCCAUCAGUUUUAAAUAAACUUCUACAAAUGCUUAGGUAUUUUGAAUUUUAAACAAGAAUAAAGUACAAUGUAUAACCUUGAAAGAUAAAACAAAACUGUGUAUAUAAAGAAGAGGUGCAAUUCUUGAUUUCCUAAGUUUGUUUUAUUUUGUCAUGCUAAUUUUGUAUGUUCAUUUGUUCAAGUUGUAUAUGUUACAUUUAAAUUCAAAUUGUUUAAAGCUGACAUGUUUUUAUUAAUGUUGUAUAUGACUUCUAAAUUUGGAAACAAAUAUUUAUUCAUCAUAAGUUUCAUUGUAUGGUGAAUUUAUUUUAUUUGGUAGGUGUGCCCUUGAUAAACACAUAUGUUUGUUUUGAAUGAUGAUAGAAAUACAUGUUCACUGUAAUUCACUGUAUUGAUAUAAUAAUUAUCUUAUGUUAUAGAUGAUAUGAAUUACACAGUUGUGCCAUUAUAAUAUUCAAAUAAUCAAAAUGUAUUUGUCUAAAAAUGUCAAAAUGUAAAAUCUCUGAAAAAAUUAGGGGUUAUAUAGUGUCUUCUUUGUCUGUCCUGUAUUUUGUUAAGUCUAUUCUUGUUAUACUUUUGGAAUUAUAACUUCUUUUUUUUUUUAUUAAGAAGCAUAUUGUUCUUACUGAAUGCUGUUACUGUGAUGGAUGCUGAUGACCAAACAAAGUUGCCACUUGUGAUACUUAUUAUAAUAUUGGAAAAUACACAGAAAGAUCUAUUUGAAAAACACCUAACCUGUGAACUCCAAAAAAAAAACCAGUAAACUUUCUUUUGAGGUGCCAAGUGUUCACCCAUAAGUCCAUCUGCAGGUAGUCAGAGAUUGAUCUGACAUCUGGCAGCCUUUUUAGGACUAGCUGAUCCUGGUAUUUGAAUAGAUUAUAUAUGAACAAAAGGAGAUGUGGGCUUUACAUCAAUGAGACACCAACCGAAUGGAAUAAAAAACUAAAAGAGAUCUAGAGUAAGUGCCUGUCUCAAGUCAGAAGCCUGUAAUGCAUUGGUUGUCAUUUGUUACUAUAAUUCAUAUUUGUUUUUUGUUUGUUGCUCAUGUUCAUGAAUCGACUGUUAAUUAAAUUAAAUUGUUUUACAUUUUGUUUUGUCUGGGCCUUUUAUACCUUGCAGGUGGUAUAGGUUUUGCUAAUUGUUGAAGGCCAUACAGCGACCUGUAGUUGCUAGGAUCCAUGUCAUUUAGUCUCUGGUGGAUAGUUGUCUCAUUGGCAAUCCUACCAACAUACAAUUAUCAACAAUGGACAGGAGUCUAUACGAUGUCAAGCUCUAAAUUGUUCAGUCUAAAACAAAGUCAUGAAUAAAUGAAACAGAUCCUAUCAAAGAUCUGCCAUCAAAACCAAAGUCAAUACAAAACAAAAAACGAAAACAUAUAACAUAAUACAGCCAUUGAUUGAUAAGGUUCCUGACUAGAACAGGCACAUGAAUAUCUCUUUUUAGAUUAUCAAACCUUUUACACUUGAAUCUAAUUUUGAGUGAUGGCAGUUAAAAAGUCAAUAUAAUUAUGCAAGAGUUUUAAUUCUGGUGAAAUGUUGAAAUACUGUAUAUUCAGAAAUUAUUGUGAGGUUUUUAUUAAUGCGAAUAAUGCGACAACUUGAGUAUGGCAAUAAUGAGAACUCUGAUAUCAAAUACAUAUAUCUGUAUGAAGCUUUUCCUAAAAUCGCAUACUUUAACUCGCAUUUUUGUUAAUUCUUCAAAAAUCGCAAUAAUAAAUGCACGCAAUAAUUUCUGAAUUUACAGUAUGUAAUGCAAGAUUGUCAUACUGUGUAUGAACUUAUUCCUUUAAGACCAGAUUAAUUUAAGGGUAAAAAUGAUUUUUUUUUAAAAGAUAAGUGCUAAAUGUCUGUUGAUUUGUUUCAUUGUAAUUUAUUUAUUUGAAUAAAUCAUUUAAUUUCAUA